AUGGCUCGCAGCCUUGCGCGGCAAUGGUUGUCUUCCUGCGCAGUGUCUGGCAAAAGACGCUUGAGAGUGAUGCAUUGGAAUAUCUUAGCCGAUUGCUUGGCCAAGAGCGCUCCCCGCCUGAGUCUGCAGCGUGGUUUCCGCUGCGAUCCGGAGCAUUUGCGAUGGGAGACGCGUCGGGCGAAGAUCCUGGAGGAGAUCCAAAAGCAUCAGCCUGACAUCCUGGGCCUAUGUGAAGUGGAUCGCUUCGACGAUUUGGAGGUCAACCUGGCAGAUGAUGGCUAUGAAGGCACUUACAAGCGGAAGCGAAGUCCAGCCAAAGAUGGAGUCGCAACUUUCUGGAAGACCACACCAUUGGAAGAAGGGCUGCGUCGGGCCAUUUUCCUGGAGUAUGGCAAUCAACGCACCAAAGCAGCGCAAGUGGCGAUCUUGCAGCGCUUAUGGCCGCGGGACCGAAGUUCUGGCAAGGGCCUGGUGGUUUGUGCCGUGCAUCUCCGAGCAUCCGCCGAUGAAGCGUUUCGAAUGCAGCAAGCAUCCGAACUGGUCACUGCCUUGACUGACUUUGCACGGGGCGACGAGCAAAUCAUCCUGGCGGAUGUGAACAGCAACUUUGAUCAAUCAUCCAGUGAUCUGGCUGCCAGCAAUGUCUACUCUUACUUCACAUCUUGCGGAUAUCGCUGCGCCUACCAGACCAUGGCUGCCAAGGCGGCAGCGCAACGGUACAGUCACUACACCACUUGGGCCGGUUGGGCCUCUGGUGAUUUCAUGUCAUGUUGCGAUCAUAUCUUCAUCUCCCAAGGUGUCGAUGUGGAGGCAGUUUUGGAUGUUCCAGAUCCAGAUGCACUAGCGGAGGAGUUUCCGGAGAAGUUGCCGUGUGCAGCAUAUCCUUCGGAUCAUUUGAGUUUGGUGGCAGAUGUCCUUGUCCCGUAA